AUGGGUAGUUUGCUCCCACAAUCUGGCGAGAGACCAAAGUUUGCUCAAUUGUAUAUUUAUGACACUCAAAACGAGAUCACAAAUCGUAUAACGGCACUUGGGGAAGAUGAGUCAAACAUUACAAUCCAUCGUGAAAUUGUUAAAGACAUUAAAGAUGCACUGGAUGAAAAUAAUGUUUUGGUUCAGAGUUUUAGAAUGGCCAAAACAGAGAUGGAAAGUAACCAUAGAGCUGAUAUUAAAAUCAAACUCAUCGGUAAGAGGACCAAGGAUGCAAGGACAUAUAACUUGCCGCAGGUGGGGGAGGUGGCUGCAUUGAUUGUUGGUGAUUUAGACCCAAACAUGGGAGAAAGAGAUAUAUUGGUGGAGUCCAAAGCUGGACAUUUUCAAAGAAUAACUGAAUUAAAUCCGGCAUAUCUCCCACUGCAGUACCCAUUACUCUUUCCUUAUGGUGAAGACGGAUACAGAGACGACAUACAAUUUACUACUCUUGAAGGCAGGAGUUCAAAUGCAAGGAGUAAACUUAGUCCCAGGGAGUAUUUCUCAUUCCGUUUGCAAGAUAGGUUCAAUGAAAUGUCAACUUUGCUUUAUGCUAGGCGGUUGUUCCAACAAUAUUUGGUUGAUGCUUAUACCAUGGUAGAAUCAGGACGCUUGGUUUAUAUUAGGUCUCAUCAAAAGUCACUUCGAUGUGAAUCAUACAAAUGUUUGACAGAUGCGUUAACACGUGGCGAAGUAGAUCCUACUGCCCAAGGAAAACGCAUAAUUUUGCCAUCAAGUUUUACCGGGGGGGCAAGAUAUAUGGUGCAGAAUUACCAAGAUGCAAUGACUAUUUGUAGAUGGAUCGGUUAUCCAAGUCUAUUUAUUACAUUCACAUGUAAUCCUAAGUGGCCAGAGAUUGAAAGAUUUUUACAACCAAGGAAACUCAAAGCUGAAGAUAGGCCGGAUAUAGUAUGCCGUGUGUUUAAACUGAAAUUAAAUGCACUAAUUAAAGACAUUCAGAAAAAGAAAUUUUUUGGAGUGGUAGAUGCAUUAAUUUACACCAUUGAAUUUCAAAAAAGGGGACUGCCACAUGCUCACAUUCUGAUAUUCUUGAGCAAGAGUAACCCUUACCCUAAUCCUAAAGAUAUUGACCGGAUCAUAUCUGCCGAGAUUCCAAGCCCACUGUGCGAACCCGAGUAUUAUCAAGCUGUAGCAGAAUUUAUGAUUCACGGUCCAUGUGGUGCAGUUAGGAAGAAUUCACCUUGCAUGAUAAAAGGUAUGUGUUCUAAAUUCUUUCCCAAAAAAUUUGUGGAAAACUCAACAGUGGAUUUUGAUGGAUAUCCAAUAUAUCGGCGUAGAGAUAAUGGUCGUACAGUUCGGAGGAAUGGGAUUGACCUUGAUAGUAGAUAUGUUGUUCCACACAAUCGACAUUUGCUUAUGAAGUACAGGGCUCAUAUUAAUGUGGAGUGGUGCAACCAAUCUAGGUCAAUAAAGUACUUAUUCAAGUACGUCAACAAGGGUAAUGAUAGGGUCACGGCUGAAUUCUACAACAGUGGGGUGGAAGAAUCUACUGGAAAGAUUAUAGAUGAAAUCAAGAUGUACUAUGACUGUAGAUAUAUUUCACCCCCUGAGGCCGCGUGGAGGAUUUUUGCGUUUGACAUACAAUUCAGGAAUCCAUCGGUUGAGCGGUUGAGUUUUCAUCUCCCCAAUGAGCAAUCAAUAAUAUUUCAUGACGACGAUUUGGUCAAUGAUGUUGUAAAUAGACCGACAGUAGCUCAAAGCAUGUUUACUGCUUGGUUUGAGGCUAAUAAAAAGUACGCUGCAGGGAGGCAGUUGACUUACUCACAGAUGCCAACCAAAUUUGUUUGGAAAAAUGAUAAAAGAGAAUGGCAACCUAGGCAGAGAAAUUGGGCAAUUGGUCGAAUCUUUUAUGUGCCACCAAAUACUGGUGAGAUUUUUUAUCUUAGAUGUUUACUUAAUAUAGUUCGUGGACCGACUUCAUUUGAUGAGAUUAAACAAGUAGAUGGUGUUCAAUACAAUUCAUUUAGAGAUGCAUGUUAUGCACGCGGAUUAAUCGAAGAUGAUAAAGAGUAUGUUGAUGCAAUCACUGAGGCAGCAUCUUGGUCUUUACCCCAUUCUCUACGUAAGUUGUUUGUUACACUUCUGACAUCCAAUUCAAUGUCCAAGCCAGAAAAUGUUUGGGAGAUGGUUUGGCAAUACUUAUCAGAUGAUGCUCAAUAUAUUUGUAGAAGGAACCUCUCAGUCCCAGAUUUAAGUCUAAAUGAAUCUCAACAAAAAAAAUUUUGCUUUGAUUGA